CCGGUGAUUAAACCCAAGGAGAACACAGAAGGGACAUCCCUAAACUCAGACGGCUACAAAAGGCCCCCACCAGCCGCUACUCUCACCCUAAGUCCCAUUGUUGUGUGACUGUGAAGAGGGAUAACCUCCGCUUCACAGUAGACCAAAUUGGGCUGAGAGGUUUGUGCACCAGCUGCUACAAAAAGGCUCCAGAUUUCUUACCUACACACACUCGGUGUAAGAAAGAAAUGGGUAACUCAACAGGAAGCACCGUGGAUGACCUGCAGGCAGUGGAGAUGCACCUCUGGUACAAGAAGUUCAUGACCGAGUGCCCCUCAGGUCAGCUCACCCUGCACGAGUUCAAGCAGUUCUUCGGCCUGCGAGGGCUGGACCCCGAGGCCAACGCCUACAUAGAGCAGAUGUUCCGCACGUUUGACAUGAACAAGGACGGCUACAUAGACUUCAUGGAGUAUGUGGCCGCUCUCAGUCUGGUGAUGCGAGGAAAGAUGGAGCACAAGCUGCGCUGGUAUUUCAAGCUUUAUGAUGUGGAUGGCAACGGCUGCAUUGACCGACACGAGCUCCUCAACAUCAUAAAGGCCAUCCGAGCAAUCAAUGGGAAUGAAAAUCAGGACGUCAGUGCUGAGGAUUUCACUAACCGCGUGUUCGACAGGAUUGAUAUAAAUGGAGACGGUGAGCUUUCCUUGGAGGAGUUUGUGGCUGGCGCUCGCAGUGACGAGGAUUUCAUGGAGGUGAUGAUAAAGAGUCUGGACCUCACCCACAUUGUGGCCAUGAUCCACAACAGGAGGCACAGCGUUUAG